AUGACGGAACAGCUAUCGCUUCCUUUCUUGACUGAUUUGCCCAAAGAUGGAGAGAAUGAGCUGUCGUCCGGAAACAACGACAUCGAAGGUGGGCGGGAUCAAAGGGGAUACAGGCGGAUGCACCUUAUUGCCACUGCUGUAUCAGAGGCCUCACGAAUAUUCGCCAUACUCUACGAAACAAGAAUAAUCAAAAGACCAGAGGAUAAGUUCGAUUUGGUCGUUUUCGUGUCAGUGGCUGUACGAUUUGCCUCGCUGUGUUCGUUGUUGACGAUGAUUCCGGCGAUGAUCACCGAGCGUUCGUUCGCAUCACGUUUCAUUUCCGAUUAUGAGAAACUGCCAAGAUGCUGGAUUUCCUUUCUGAUCAACGGCAUAGCCAUAGUUCUAUUCGUAUCCUAUUAUACUCUAGCAAUGUUAGCAUGUAUGUCACCCUUUUUCUUAUUGGUCAUGCUUUUGAUAUCUAUACUUAUUAUGACACUAUCAUCUGUGGCUAUCAUUAUGGUCUAUCGUAAAGACGUGGCCAUCCUACGCGAUCUUGCGAACAAAACUGGUCUAUCAACGGUCACCUACACAUUAAGCCUCAAAUUUCAACUUGAGGAGAAUGUUAGAGUGAUUAGGCUAUUGAUGUUCCUUUCCUUGGGUUAUUCAGCGUGGGGAUUUUUUGGAUGCGGACUUUUUAGCUCAGCAUUUAUAUUUUUCGAUGCCACGAAUCCGCUUGUACAGUUAUUCUAUGCAUUGUUCAACAAUUACACGGCUCUCUCCCUCGCAAUAUUGGUCUGGUGGUUGCUGUGGACUAUUGGAGGUCUUCGACGAGCGUUGAAAACCCGCUUUGCAUCAUGUUGUAGCAUCCUGAAAAUCAACAUCGAACAACCUUCUGUAGUAUCCAAAGAAAACGUUCAUCGUAUUGACGAUCACUUCAAUCAACUUCAAGCGGCCUGGGCUCCAUAG